UCGCUAAAUUAAAAAAAAUAAAAAAUAUUGUCCAACAAGAAGGAAGGAAAACAUUUUAGCAUUUGGUGGGUCUUGGAUUGAUUCUUGUUUGGACCCCCGAUUUUCCAUAUCUCAUGCGGACCCUCUCCACCUUCGUUUUCUAUCUCUGCUUUUCUUCUGGUUUCUUUUCUCAGGCGAGAGAUCACUGCGCUGCCUCUAUUGAUAUCUUUCUGAUGGAUGCAAACUCAGAUUCUGUUUCACCAGAAUUGUCUGAUUCUUCUCUGCUUGGCCACAUGAGCAACAUUUUGGCUGUUGGCCCAACUGGACUUGCUCCUUCAUGUGCUUUAUGUCAUAGAUUGUUGACAUCAGAUAACGAGGCUGGUGAGUUUGAAGCAAUAAAUAUGUGUGGUGAUUGUAAAUUCUUACUCCUGGAGGAUUUUGGGUCGCCCAUGCAAGAUUAUCAGAGGAGGACACCUGUGCCGAGCAGAAGGUUGUACAGCAGUUCUGAGUCAAUUGAGAAUCUCUUUACUCAACACUUCUCACAAAUGAUUAAUCUGGCAAGGCUAAACCCAGCCAAUGAUCUAGAGCAUGAUAAUCAAUCAGUAGAAGGAGAUGUUGGGUUAAGGUCAGUGCAGCGCACCAGUUCCCGGACCACUCCAAGUGGUUCUAGGAGGUGGAGGAGGGUUCAUUCCGACGCCGAAAGUGAUGGUGUUGAUUCUCUCUUCGAAGAGACUGAAUCAAAUGUCACCAUCAGCGGAUAUAGGAACUUUAGUGAAAUUGAGUCCAUCUCUUAUAGUGCUUAUGGAGGGAACUCUGAUGCUUCUGUUGAUGGUAAUAGUUACCUUGAUAAUGAUCAUUCUUCUCACUCAGAUGAAGGAAGUGACUUCGAGACUGAUACUGAUAUUGACCCAAUGCAUGCUGGUAUGUAUAAUUGGAACUCUGAUAAUGAGGGAGAAGAUGAUGAUGACAAUGAAUGGGAGGAGGUUGAUACUGAUGCAGUACACUCUGUGGGUGCUAGAGCUCAACUACAAAGGUCAUUACACCUAAAUCAAAGCAAUCACAGUGGAAAUUGGCAAGGACAGUUUCAUUCUUCUGAAUUUCAGGGUACAGUUCGUUUCAGAAUUCCCGAGGGAAGUCAAAGACAUGUUACUGAUAUGUCAGCCAACUCACAUGAGUUGGAACAAUUCCAACAGACUGAUGCUGCUGACUAUCUUGAUGCUAGAACUUUUGAGGAGUUAUUGGAGCACCUCGCUGAAACAGAUGGUUUCAGAAGAGGCGCACCACCUGCAGCUGUCUCUGUUUUAAAUGAUCUGCCCUGUUUGGUUGUUAAAGAAGACCACGAACAGCUGGACAGUUUGUCUUGUGCAAUCUGCAAGGAUUCUCUUUUUGUUGGCACAGUUGUAAACCGACUUCCUUGUUCUCACUUGUAUCACCCCUCCUGUAUUUUGCCUUGGCUAGCGUCAAGAAACUCGUGCCCCCUCUGCCGCUAUGAACUUCCAACUGAUGACCUUGAUUAUGAGUACAGAAAACAGAGUGCCAGUAGUAAUUUGGUGAUAGAUCGAAUCCCACAGCAUGAAAUAAAUGAAGAUGGAUCUCCAGAUAGCAGUGACAGUGAAAAUGAUGAAUUUGGUUACAGUAUAACAGAAUCAGGAGAAGUGAUCCAUAAUGAGGCUGUCAAUGAACAAUCUGGUGGUGAGGGUGCACGAGAAAGGUGGUUUCUUGCAGCUGCUGCUCCUGUUGUUGGUGUUGUUGGAGUCGUUCUGAUGUUGUGGUUAGGAAACCCAAUCAUGGAGAGGAGCCUUAGUCUCCCUAUUUUCUGUUCACAAGGGCAACGUACUAAUCAACCUUUGCCUUCUCAGCAGGUUAAUAACCGUGGCAGGAGAUGGUGGUCUCUGUUUUAACUUUUUAUAUGCCUGUUCUAACAUGUUUCUGAUCAUCAGAUUGGUAAAGAUUUAAAAAAUCAGUAAAGAACCAAUUUGAGGUAUCAUUUAGGUUGUAUGUUGUGAACACACCUGUUUGUACUUGGAUUUUCCGAAACUAUCUCAUCUUUAUUAAUGGCGAAGCUUACUCCGCUCUUGGAUACA